AUGAUGAUGGAGAGGAAAGAAGGAGGGAACGAGAGCAGCAGCUCCUCCUCUGUGAGUCUGACUCAGCAGCUGAAGCCUCUGAGUCCACAUCGAGGAUCCUGAUAAACACUGAGCAGCUCAUCCUCUCAGAGCGAAGCAGCAGAAUGGAUCUGAGAAUGUCUAGAGAGAUGAAGAAGAAGAAUACAGAGGAGGCUCUGAGAAAAAUGAUGAAGACGUGCGUGAAACGUCCAGAUUUGAUGGUGAAUGAAGCCAUAGUGAAGUUCUGCAGCACGUCUUCAUCAGAUGCCCUCGAGCAGCACCUCAGCAAGACCAAAGAGCAGAGCCAUCCCGUUGAUGAUUGGCUCAAGGAUCUCGCUGAGAAGCUGGCUGAUCUGUCAGGUAGUGUCAAGCUGGCGGGGCUCGGAGCGCUGGCCUUCGCCAUCUUCAUCGACAUCAUUUCAAGCUCAGAGAGCACAAAGGAGGCUCUGCGGUGCGUCUUUGCAGAGGAGAAGGCCUCUGAGGUGUGGGAUCAGAUUGACGAGUGUCUGAAGAGAUGCAUGAUGCACACGAAUGAUGACGCAGAGCUCAUAAACAACAUCAGACGGAUCCAGCACCAGCUGAGCGCCGCGCUCACCAAGCUGAAGAACUCCAUGAUGAGGGACGGACAGAUGUCGUCACGAGCUCUGAGGGCCUGGGUGAACGGAGCCGCCUUCCACAUCCAGGUGCGGAUCCACCUGGUGCGACUGGGAGGGCUACAGACCUGCGGACCUGUGGAGACUCUCAUCUCUGUGUAUGAAUGCGAUCUUGAGCUGCUGUUCGAAAAGCACAAGAUGGAGAAUAAAUACGACCUGGACAUGGAACGUUUUAAAAAAUUUAUUUCAGAAGAGGGUUCAAGUACAGCGAUUGCUGUUGCCCUUUUCCCACUUUCUGAAAGGUUAAAGAUUUAUUAUGAGGAAAAUUACGACAGCCAGAAGAAGCAGAUUAAGCAGCACUUCAGCAAAGUCAGAGAGGAUCUGCCACAGCUGGUCAGUCAGAGGGCUCACCUGAGUGUGUAGGAGUUCACCUGAUUCGUGAUUUCACUCGUUUUGUGUUAAAAAAAUAUAUAUGUGGUUAAUUAUGAUUAUAAGACUGAAGUUAACCCGCUCGCAUUUAAAGCCAGUUAUCCACGAGUCUGUCAGUGUCUGUGUUUCUGUCUGUGGGCACUCCAGGUGACAAACACCAACACUGGGGUCACUGAAAGGCCAAUUAUUUUCUUAAUCGAGGAACAGAGUGUCAGGAAAUUCCUAAUUUUCAAAGUAAAGGUUCUGUUACAUAGGGGGAAAAGGUAAUUAAAGGAAAUGGUCAGGAUCCUUUAACGUUACACUUUUGCAAAACAAUAGCCUUUGAUAAUCUGUUGGAUGUUAUCAAUGAUCUAAAGCUGUGAAACU